CGCGGCGGUGGGGUUCAGUCAGCGCCGCGGGCUCGCGUGGUGCGGUCGUUAGCGUUGUUAUUGUCGUUCGAGUGACGUACGGAACCGCUUCGUGUGUUCGCUCUCGCGUACGCGCCGCAUUCCAUCGUGGGGACCCUUCGCCGCCAUUGGCUGAUCCCGCGUGACGUCACACCUCGUAAUGAGGUAUUCAACAUGGCCGUGUAGCUAGUUCGCGAGUGUGCUUCGUUACUCGUUUGAAUGGAUUUAAUCAGUGAAAUAUGCCAAGGAGACGAAACGGUGAGAUGCCCUUGCCCGACGGAUGGGAUUAUGCAAGGGACUUUGACGGAAAACUUUAUUUCAUCGAUCAUAACAACAGAAAAACGACGUGGAUCGACCCGCGAGACAGAUACACAAAGCCACAAACGUUCGCGGACUGCAUUGGCAAUGAAUUGCCGCUUGGCUGGGAGGAGGCCUACGAUCCUCAGAUCGGGCCCUACUACAUUAAUCACGUCAAUCAGGUGACCCAGCUAGAAGACCCGAGGCUAGAAUGGCUGAGUGUUCAGGAGGCGAUGCUGAGGGACUACCUCCACACAGCGCAGGAGGCUCUCGAGGCUAAGAAAGAGAUGUACGAUGUAAAGAAACAAAGGCUUUGCCUAGCUCAAGAUGAAUAUAAACACCUCAACAAUGCUCUGUCCACCCUCGCUGCCUCAAGAACUAGUCUUUGUUCAUCAACCACCUCAAUGACAACAACGUCAACGACUUCCCGACACGACCCCGAGCUGCUUCGCUCAGAAGUGACACAGGCUAGAGGCCGCGUCGCUCAACUAAGGAAAGAGUUGAGGCAGGCUCGAGCAGAAGUAGCUAGUGCAAGACGAGGCGUCGAUACAUUGGCUGAGGUCGAGCAAAAACUUAGCGCACAACAAGGUUGCUACAACAUAACCGAAGCUCAGGCUAUAAUGACUGAGCUAAAGAACGUACAAAAAUCAUUAACCUCCGGUGAAAAGGAGAAAGCAGACUUAAUGCAGUCUCUGGCAAAAUUAAAAGACGAUCUGACGAGACUGCAACUGGGAGAUGCAUCGCCAGACUUAUCUUCCACCUUGAGUUUCCCUCAAGAGAAACUAAGCACCGCAUCGCAAACCGAUUUGUGUGCCGAUUUAGUGCCUAUAGGCACGAGAUUAGCUGAAAUGGCGCGGGUCCGCCUCCAGUACGACGAAGCUAGGAAAAGGAUACAACAAAUCCAACAACAGCUGGCGGAUUUGGAGGACAAAGUCCAACCAGGACAAGCGGAAUCAGACAAGGACCGUUUGUUGCUAUUCCAAGAAAAGGAACAAUUGUUACGGGAGUUAAGAAGCAUCACGCCUAGAACGAGAUCGAAGCAAGAGAUGAGCGAUAUACAAUCUGAAUGCAAAAGGCUAGAGCAGGACUUGAAGAAUGCCUUCGAGAUGUCCAACAAGUGCAUCGCGGACCGUUUGAGGCUACACGAAGAGAAGCAAUUGUUGCUGCAGCAAUUGAAAGAUGCGUUAACGUCAAUGACAACUUUAGAAGGACAGUUGAAGACAUUAUCGGCGAGCACAUUGUCGGUGUCUAGCAGUUCCAGUCUGGGAUCGCUAUCGACGGCGAGCAGCAAAGGAUCUCUGAGUUCAGGGAUCAGUUUCACGGACAUAUACGGCGGGCCGCAGAUCGCGAGCUCGUUUCAAACUGACAAGCCUAUCGAUAUGGUGGAUCUACAUCGGAGAGUCGAAAGAUUAUUACGAGGCACUAGUUACAACGCGGACAGCGUAACUCCAGGCGCAAGCAGUUCGCCAUCCCAGCCCUCUUUGUCGCCACGAAGUAGCUUGUCAUCGGCCAGUCCACCACCACCACCGCCCUCUUACCACCAGGUCGAAAGACAGAGACGGCAGCAGCGAGAACUGGAAGAGAAACUGGCUGAAAUGAGGAUAGGCGUGGCCGCCGGACUGGACGAAGUCACCGGCCUGGCUACAAUUCCAGUACAACUCCAAGGUCCGGGUCGACCCUGUGAGCCGCUGUCUCCCAUAUCGGAGACCCCCCCGCCACCCCUGUCUCCUAGGACUCCCUCGUCUAGUGGUACGAACACUAGAUCAGUCUCGGCUGCGGUGAGCGACGAGUCAGUGGCGGGAGACUCUGGGGUGUUCGAAGCGGCGCAAGCGGCCACCGACGCUUCCAACGCCGUGAACAGUGCACAAAUUGAGAUCAAAUUGCGUUACUGUCCCGACGAGACUGCGUUGGAGAUCGGCAUACUGAGGGCUCGGAAUCUGCACGCCCUCUUCAUCGACAUGGGAACGGAAGUUGGCGUGAGAGGAGCGUUAGUGGUGGGCGGCGGCUGCGGCGUGGCGUUCGGCAGCGCGGCGUUGUCGUGGCGCGGCGCGACGCUGGCGUGGCGUCACGCGCAGCGCGUGCCGGUGGCGGGCGCGCGCGCGCUGCGGGCCGCCACGCUGCAGGUCAACCUCACCAGCGGCACCGAGUGUCUGGGCUGCGCUCAAGUUAGCCUGGCCGACUUCGAUCCGGAGUUAGGGUCGCAGAAGUGGUACAACGUACUGAGCUUCCGUUCCAUGAGGAGAGACGAAAGCUCCGACGAAUCGACGGUUAUAUCGUCGCAGACCUCCACGUUGACCCGGAACAGAGGUCCGGAGAGCAUGGCGGGCGCGGAAUGUAAUAUCGACUGCGGUGAUAAUUCCGCUUCGGAAGACGAGGAGUCUAGAGAACCACUGAAUCAGAUUGUGGAAGAGGAUUCGUUCGAAGAUUACAUUCCCGAGGAGGAGUUAGUGUUGGAAGACGAGUACCUACACCCGGCCACCGCUGAGAAAGAAACCAACACCGAAUGCAACUUCUGCCCUGAAGCCAGGCAACUCAGAAGGAAGCAACAGACGAAAGCUGAGUCAAGCGAAACUUUAGCGCCGAUAAAGAGAUCUCAAACGUUUUCUCCGCAGCCGCAGAGUAUCGGGAAAGGCCAAUAUAUUUGCAGAUUGAAUCGUUCGGAAUCUGAUUCGUCAAUGGUUCAGUACGCGAGACGAGUGCCCCUGCAUCCGCCGCCCACCACCAGCAUCCCAUUCGACCGGACCGUCAGAGAACGCAGAUCUCUCAGGCUGGGUCGCGUGGCGGGCGGCGCGGUCCGCCGCAGCGCGCCCCGCUCGGGCCCGCGCACGUCGCUGGACCUCACGCUGGACCUGCGCGCGCAGCACACGCGCCUCGCCGACCUCACCGACGAAAUCGCCACGCUCACCCAGCUCAAGAAGCGACUUGAGGAAGCCUGCGCUCGUGGUGACCCAUCGGUCGCAGCGCAAGUGGCAGACGACGAGGCUCUAAGUAGACUGGUCAGUUCCGGGGCCGCGGACGCGGGCUCCACCAGGGCGGCGCGGCUGUUGCAGCGAGCAGCCAGAGACAUCUACCGGCUGCGGCGCUCGAGACAGGGAGGCAGGAAACCGGACCUUAUCACGUUUAGGGAGAAGAUGGCAUUUUUCACGCGAAGCAAAAACACGAUACCCGCUCUGCCCGGAGAGGCCGACGACCUAUCCGAAGACGACUGGGAGGUGGACCUCGAGGAGAGAACCACUCCAGACGGCAGGUCCUCGAAGACGUCAUUCGAGAGACGUGAGCAGCCCUGUCUCGAAGCUGCGAAGGUGGUGGAAUGUAAGAACCCGUGCAUGAACCCGGAGCCUUGCUUCGAAGAUCAGGCCAAGGAGGAAACUAAGACUGAUGAUGUGAGGUAUGAUUUCGUUGUUGAUAGAGUGCUCGGAGUUCAGGUUUGAAUGGUUUGUGAUUUGAGGAAACAAUUUUUUAUAACACGAUUUUUUUGCGUUCGAUUGUCGUAUCAAUAAAAUAUAGAUAUGUUUAUACGCUGUCACCGUGAGCGUAUCUGAAUACUUGCGGGAGUGAUCUGCCCUCAACAGGAUGCAUCAAGUCGGAAGAACUUCAUAGAUAGUUUAUUAACAUGACGAACCCCCUCAAUGAAGUCAUAUAGAGGGGUGAAAGGGUUAAGCGACCUUUCGCUUAGUAUGCGUACAUUUAUCUUUGUACUUAAAUGUCUGUUUUAUUAGCUAUUAGUAUCAACAGUUCGAUGUUUUUAAUUGAACUUCUAUUAAUUUAUUCCAUAGAAAUAGCCGAAGAAGUUUUUUGUUAUGAUAUUUUUUUCAAAUUUUAAACUUUAAAUGGCUCUCCUGUAAUGUUGCAGAAAUGUCGCUUAAACCAAAUAGCCUUUCACCGGUCAAUAUAUAUAAGCCUAAAAACACUAUAUUUUUGUUCAUAAACCAUUAAUAUAACGAGAGAGACAGCGUAUAAACGGGAUCACGUUUUGUUGCGAAUGUCCAGUGUGCGACAAAGUUUAUAUCGAUUACAAUUGUAUUGCUUUUAUCGAUAAUCGUGCGUAUUAAAAAAAAAUUGUACUACAAAAAAUGAUUCCUCGAACAGUUGAGUUCGUGAGGCGCAGGGAGCCGGCACCGUUAAUUAAAUAUUGCAACUAACAUUGUUCUGUGAUCACUAUUGCCCAUUGAGAUUUUCUGGAUCGAAGACUGACGUAACACUUAUUCUAUUAUAUUGGUUAUAUUUUUAUUUACAAUAAAACAAAGGCGUUACAGGAAUCCGUAUGCAGUUUUUUCUAUCGCACCACACUUAAUGUCAUCUGUCAAAAUAUUUGACAUUUAUAAUGUAAAGCCAAAUGAGAUUUUUAAUAAUCCAAUUUCUGUAACGCCUGCUCAGAUUUGAACCUUACAUAAGCAUAUUUCAGAUCACCUUGCAUAUGCACAUAUAUACAUUUAUAUGUUUAAUAAAUUAUGUUUCGUGCAAAUUUUGUGCCAUAGAAAAGUUCAAUGGAGUUUGCUGUAAAUGAUAACGUGAUGUGCUUUGACUAGAUCAGUAUGUUCUGAGAAACAGUUCAAUGUAAUUAUAAUAUAUUAUUAACAUCCAUUAAAUGAUAGUAAAACAGUGAAUUCCAUAUAACAUAAGUAAGUUACUAAUAUGUAUUUCAUUUUGUACCGUUCGAUUGUUGUACAAAGACAUGUGCCUUAGACACGGUGCCCGAUAGAGCCUGCGGGAGUGCCAUACAUGGCAGGGGUAGACGCUGUUUAGGUACAAAAUAGAUUGUAUGAAGAGUCACAAAACAAAUGCCAAACAUUCUUUUUAAUGUUAGAGAAUUAUGUGGGGAUUAAAAAAUGUUUAAUUGUUGUAAAUAUUAUCAACGGUCGCCCACCGAAUGAAUCGAUGCGUUUCUACCAUCCUCCACGAUUUUCUAUGCCCAGAAAUAGCUGGUCAAUUUGUCAUUACUCACACCCUAAAUAAUGUAACAACGAAAUAACUUUUUUAAUAAUUUGGUGAACUGCGAUCAAGCUCAUUAAUUAAAAAAAA